GCGUGACAUACAAUAGCGUUGCUUGCGUGGGACACCACAGGCUUUUUUUUAUGACGGACCUUGGUCCCACACCGCGCUUUCCGAGUUGCCACAAAGCCGCCGCCCAUGGCCAGCAGCAGCAGCACCACCGAGUACGAGGCCAUGGUCGAGGACCUCAUCCCGGACGCCCAUGCGCCCGGCGCCGUCUGCCUCGAGGACUUCUCGCUCAUCCGGGUCAUCGGCAAAGGCUCGUUCGGCAAGGUCACGCUUGUGCGCAAGAAGGACAACUCGAAGGUCUUCGCCAUGAAGAUCCUCAACAAGGCGUUCAUUAUCAAGCGCAACCAGGUCGAGCACACGCGGACCGAGCGCAAGGUGCUCGCAGUCGUCUCGCACCCGUUCAUCGUGAGCCUCCACUACGCGUUCCAGACCAACGACAAGCUCUACUUUGUGCUCGACUAUUGCCCCGGCGGCGAGCUCUUCUUCCACCUCACGCGCCUUGGCAAGUUCACCGAGGCCAUGGCGCGCUUCUACAGCGCCGAGCUCGUCGUCGCCCUCGAGCAUCUCCACUCGCUCGGCGUCGUCUAUCGCGAUCUCAAGCCCGAAAACAUCCUCCUCGACGAGCUCGGCCAUGUCAAGCUCGCCGACUUUGGCCUUGCGAAAACCGACGUGACCGACGCAGCCAGCGGCGCCAACUCGCUCGUGGGCACGCCCGAGUACCUCGCGCCCGAAGUCCUCGCGCGCAAGGGCCAUGGCACCGCCGUCGACUGGUGGGGCCUUGGCAUGGUGCUCUUUGAGAUGCUCACUGGCAUGCCGCCGUGGUAUACGCGGAAUCGCCAGGACCUCUACGCCCGCAUCCGCGAUGCGCCGCUCGAGAUCCCGCACUAUGUCAGCCACGAAGCGGCGUCGCUCAUCCGCGCGCUCUUGCACCGCGAUCCGGACAAGCGGCUCGGUGGCCGGAAGGGCCAUGGCGCCGCCAACGUCAAGGCGCACCCGUUCUUUGCCAGUGUCGACUGGGACGGCCUCCUCUGGGCCGAGCCGCCGUUCCACCCGAAUGCCAAGAAGGACGACGCCGAUACCUCCAACUUUGAAAAAGAGUUUACGGAGAUGCCCGUGCACACGCCCGUGAGCCUCAACCCCGUCUCGGCGCAAGCGAUCCCCAAGAGCAUGUUCAACGGCUUCACGUACGAAGCGCCGUCCGUCUCGCUCGGCUCCAACUCGUCGCAGUCCAAAGUCGAAGCCGCGACCGCCCAGCCGUUUAUAUAAUCGAUACAUACUACACUAUUGUCGUCUCAUCAUCAAUGUACAUCUUUAUAUACUGUA